CUCCCCUUCCUUCACGUCUCAUCUCUGCACUUGACUGAGUUUGUUUUUCCUGCAUGAUAGAGAACAUCUCAAGUACAUGUCAUCUUGCGCCUAUCAUAUACAACGAUGGACCACCCAGUGUUCAAACAUCGGAGGACUACUCUGGAGAGGGCCGAGAAGUUCAUUUCUCCUAUCUACUUCACUGAUGUCAACUUGAGGGGAAAAGUGUACCCCAAGAAAGCUCCACUGACAAAGAUCCUCCACUAUGCCACAGCUGAUAGGAUUCCUUAUGAAAAGGCUGUAAAGGAAAAAUACACUCCAGCAAAAGUUGGAGAAUCAUUUGGACCAACAUGGUCAACACACUGGUUCCUUCUGGAGAUGGAGGUUCCUGCAGACUGGGAAGGGGAGGAACUGAUCUGGAACUCCCACACCGAGGCACUUGUGUGGGUGGACGGCAAACCUGUACAGGGUUUGAGUGGGGAGACCAAAAGACAUGACUACAUCCUGACACGGAAGAUGAAGAAGAAGCAGAACAAGUACACAGUGUACAUCGAGAUGGCCUGCAAUGGUAUCCUUGGAGUCAAGCGUGGUAACUGGAUCCCACUAUUUUAUCACGAAAUCCCUGAGAAGAGGGAGCGGAGUUACCAGGCUCUCUACACCGUCAACAACAUCAUCAACAUGUGUGACACUGCCGACAGAUCCACGUACAAAAAAUGCAGGGAGGUUGCCCAAGCUUUCUUGAACCAGAGGAAUGGAGAGAGCCAACAUGUCAUCCAUGCCAUGGGACAUGCUCACAUUGACUCAGCUUGGUUGUCAGGUAGGAAAUUGUUCACAUUUACGCUGAGACUGUCAGGAAGUGCACCAUGUGUUCAGUUGUUCACAUUUAGCUGUUCUCAGGCCCAGCAGUUCCAGUGGAUAAAAGACCACUACCCCAGCCUGUACAGCAAGAUUCAACACUUUGUGAAGGCAGGCAGGUUCAUACCUGUCGGAGGAUCCUGGGUAGAGAUGGACGGCCUUAUUCCAAGUGGUGAGGCUUUCAUCCGCCAGUUCCUGUACGGUCAGCGGUACUUCCAGAAGGAAUUUGGUGUAACCUGUUCAGAGUUCUGGCUACCGGACACUUUUGGGUAUGCUGCACAGUUGCCCCAGAUGAUCAAGAUGUGCGGGAUGACACGCUUCCUCACACAGAAACUCAGCUGGAACAUUGUCAACAAAUUCCCGCAUCACACUUUCUUCUGGGCAGGCAUCGAUGGCACCAGUGUACUCACACAUUUCCCACCAGGGGACAAUUAUGGUAUGCAGGCUGAAGUCAAGGAGCUGCUGUACACAGUGGACAACUUCCAGGACAAGGGCCGGUCUGCACGCAACAUGUACCUGUUUGGUUACGGAGACGGAGGACAUGGGCCAACAGAGGAGAUGCUUGAGAAGCUGCAGAGGAUGAAGGAUGUUGAUGGGCUGCCAAGGGUAGAGAUGAGUACACCGGACGACUUCUUCACAAUGGUGGAGAAGGAGAGUGGUCAGGACAAGCUGUGCACAUGGAGAGGAGAGUUGUACCUGGAGAUGCACAAUGGCACCUACACAACACAUGCUCAGGUCAAGAAGAGUAACCGCAAGUGUGAGUUCCUGCUCCAUGAUGUGGAACUGAUGGGAACCAUAGCAACCGUCCUGGCAUCCACUGGUGGGAAAGGCUACGCAUACCCCAGUGUAGAACUGGAAAGAAUCUGGAAGCUGUUUCUCCUCAACCAGUUCCAUGACGUGCUGCCCGGGUCCUCCAUUGAAAUUGUGUAUGACGAUGCACACAGGUAUUACAAAGAUGUGGACACGUCGGGACGGAAGUUGUUGAGAGAGGCGGUGUCAGCCGUCGUCAGACAGGAGCUGGACAGGGGCGAGGCAGUGGUGGUGAACACCCAGGCCUGGGAGAGGCAGGGUGUGGUCAGGGUGGCUGAAGCUGCUGCAAGUCCUGCCAAGAAGAAGAAAGCUGCUGGCACAGACACACAGCAGGUGGACAAGGAGGGAAAUACACUAGCUCUUGUGAAAGCUGUGAGCUGUGGCGUGUCUCGUGUAGAACGUGUCUCUGACUACACACCAGUUUCUGCUUUGAAGAAGGGUAAAGUGAUUCAUAUUUCUAAUGGGCUCCUGGCAGCUACAGUCGAUAGUCAUGGAAGACUUACAUCUUUGAUGGCGCAAGAUUCACAGAGGAACGUCCUGAGUGACGACUAUCCUGGAAACCAGUUGUUGUUGUAUGACGAUGUCCCCCUGUACUGGGACGCCUGGGACGUCAUGGACUACCAUCUAGAAACAAGAAAACCCAUCACACGUGUCACCCAAGAAGCCAAGCUUGUUGAUCAAGGACCUCUGAGGGCGACCAUUGAGGUAUCCUUCAGUGUGGGUGCAUCCAGUUCACUGAAGCAGAAGAUCAUCCUGGAUGCUGGCUGUCCCUAUGUCAGGUUCGAGACUGAGGUGAGCUGGCAUGAGUGCCACAAGUUCCUGAAGGUUGAGUUUCCAAGCAGCAUGACGUCAACCCAGGCUACAUAUGAGAUCCAGUUUGGCCACCUACAGAGACCCACGCACCACUACAACACGUCCUGGGACUCCGCCAAGUACGAGGUGUGCAGCCACAAGUGGGCCGUCAUCAAUGAGUACGGUCAUGGCCUGGCCGUCCUGAAUGACUGCAAAUAUGGAUUUGCCACUGAGGAUAACGUCAUGAGACUUUCACUGUUAAGAUCCACCAAGGCUCCUGACGCCAAUGCUGACAUGGGUGACCACGCCUUCACCUAUGCCCUCAUGCCAUAUACAGGAACUUUCCAGACAGCGGGUGUGAUCCAGGAGGCCUACAACCUGAACAGCCCGCUACAGGUGUACACUGCCCCAGUUUCCAGCCUGCCACCAGGGGGUGCCUCCUACUUCACCGUUGACACACCACAAGUCAUACUGGAGACAGUCAAGCUGUCGGAAGACGAUGAUGGUGCCAUGGUUCUGAGGCUGUAUGAAGCAUUUGGUGGCAGUACAACUGCUACGUUGUCUACAUCUCUGCCCAUCAAGACUGUCAACAGAUGUAAUGGCCUGGAGGAGGUCGAAGAUGAGGGGGAGGAUGUGGAGCUUGUCAGGGGAGAUACCUCAUCAAUCACCAUCUCAUUCACAGCAUUCCAGAUCAUCAGCUUAAUUGUGAAGUUUUAGUUUUAAUAACAAGAAUGGGCAUACUGGUCUCACAAAGUAUCGCUGGUUCCCCUUGCUCCACAUCUGGGACAAGAGGUUGUCUGGCAACGUUUUAGUGAUACACAGGUUCUAGAUGAAGUCGUUGGACAAUCAGAUCCUGCUUUAGUUGUGCUUUCUGCAGAAAGAUUUGAUUGUAGCCUUAUAUGCCAUGGAGACUUAGUAUUACUCGGUUUCUAUAUCUGGAACAUUAUAUUUAAAUCAGAAUCACUAAAGGUAUAUUUGCUCAUAUUUAAACAGUGCACUUAGUGUUCAUUAUGUCAAUCUUAGUAAGGCUCUAUCAAUGAAUUUCUUAUUUUUCAGUUAGUCCUCUAUUAAAUGCAAAAUAGCCAUAAUUAUGUGCUCAAUUAGAAAUGUUUUUGAGGUUAUUGUUAAAAUAUGUUAAAGUUUGUUUUCUUGUUGAAGGUGUUGCGAAGGCAUAUUAUUGAUCUUUGCUUAACCAUGACUAACCAAGAAGAAACCUGAGGCAGCGGAGAGACUGGAAUGUCUUUGAAUACAUAGCAGUUACUAUUUUCUGAUGAAAACACUGUCCAUAACACUGACCAUAUAGUUAUUAUUUUGAAGAUUUACUUGUUAAGUAUCUGUAUGAAUAUUUCCUGUUGACAGUGCAGUGCAGUUGAUGUUUAACAUGAAGAUGAAUAAUCACCUCAAGCCUUUAUUUUGAGCAAGAUCUGUACUUGUAUACUCAAAACAAUCUAUAUUAUAUUUUACAUUAGCAUGCAUUAUAUAAUAAAAUCACUGAGCUGGCUUAAA